AAAAAUACGCGCAGAUCAUGGCCGAAGGGUUUGUGGUUCUUCUUAUGGAAUACGAUUUUCUUAAUGAUCACUGGCUCCUUCAAUACCAUUGAAAUACGAAGUGAUGAUCGUUGAACCCUGGCACAGCACUCCUGCUAUUGACGACGCACACCUGAACAGGUGUCAGUCCCCGCAUGACUCAACCGAAGUCACAUUUCCCAAGUUACCAUUUGUACGUCUACGCCAUUCAGUUUAUCGGAUAAGAAUAAGGUUGGCGGUGUCUGCUGGUCAGCCGAUUGAAAACGUAAACAUGCGCUUAGAACGCGUAUCACUUGAGUGCACAAGGCACGACACGCGCACAACACGGUCGGCCAUGUCAUGCAAAUUGAGCGGGCGAGAACGGCGACUACACAUAUAUCCCGGGAUUAUCGCGCGUCUUCCACUCAUGAAAGAUUAAAUUGCUGUCACCGGCCAGGCCUCACUCAACGAAUUCAAUCAUCAUCUAUCGGAGAUAUCAUAAUGUUGGCUGUGUCAGCCCUGCCACUGGCCGGUCCCCAGGACAGCGUUGGAUCACACUAUGUACAAACCAACAAUCACUCCGACGGUUACCCACAAUUAAAAGCUUCCACCUUUGACGAACUCGUUUCGAACAUCAACCGCGUCCUUGGGCCUUCGAACGGCAUUGACAGCGAUGGUGUUGACGUACAGGAGCUCGUCAAGCUCAUGCAGCAGUAUCGCUCUCGUUCUGAUGAUUGGAGUCGUUUUGCCUUUGCCGACCCAAGUCGAGCGUACACCAGAAAUCUUGUCGAUCGAGGUAAUGGCAAGUGCAAUCUUUUGAUCCUCGUUUGGACACCCGGAAAAGCUUCCCCAAUCCAUGACCAUGCUUCUGCGCAUUGUGUCAUGAAAGUUCUCCAAGGCACGCUCACGGAAACACUUUAUACAUGGCCUUGCGAACAGCCGCAGUCGUCGAUGAACCAAAUAGAUCAGAUGAUCGGCAGGAACCAGGUAAAUGGUGGCGAGCUUCCACAGUCCGUGACUGGAGUCUCUUCGACUUGUCCCUCCACACAGCAUACCUGCUCGAGUCGAGACUUGAAUGAGUCAAUGACAACGACCAAGGGAGCUCUCCGUGUGCGACGCCAAACAUCCUAUCCAACAGAUGGCGUGACAUACAUGAGCGACACCUUGGGCCUGCAUCGAGUUGGGAACGCGCAUCCAUCCGAAACGGCAGUCAGUCUGCAUCUGUACACACCGCCGAACGCUGCGAAGCACGGCUGUCACAUUUUCGAGGAGAGCACGGGAAGGAAGUCUCAUGUUCAGCAAUGCCAUUUCUAUUCCGAGCUAGGCGUCAAGCUGUAAGGUUAAGUUGUGGUGUGGAUUGGCCGGAAAGUCCAGGACACCUGGCCAUUAUGCGAACUGAGAUGGUUCUCCAGCAUUUUGUCUCUGUAUUUGUGUAUACUGAGGAACCUUGGAAUCUAAGGACUGUGCGUCUCUCUCACGCCGUCAGUGA